GGGAGGCAUCAGAUGACGGGGAGACCAUUUUUCAUUGGCCAGGCAGCUUUGGAGGAGAAUCGGGGUGCCUGUGUGUCUUCUGGCCUUCCUCGCCUCCUCUGAGCUCCCCUGAGCCGACAGCUGGUGGACUUGCUCCAGGAAGCCCCGGGGCUGGGCCUUUCCUUCCAGCCCCUGGAUCUCCCGCGGCUGCCCGUCCUCUGCCACCCUCCGCUUGGCCCAGAACCCCGUUCCAUCACCCAGUGCGGUCACCCUCUCCCGCCACGAGGCUCUCUUCGAAGCCGCCCAGCCCGUCAUGGCAUGUGGGUUUCUGACAGGUUCCGCUUCGCCUUCGACUCCCCGCCGGAGAGGACAGGGCAGAGACGUGGCAUGCCUGGUGGGGCGCUUGAGAAGAACCCCAGCAUGGAGCUGGCUGCCACCACCCCCUUCCGCGUCACGAUGGGAAAAACACCAUGUCGUAUGCAGCCAGAAAGAUGGGAAGGAAAGCAAAGCCGCAGGAGCCCACGGAAGGCUGAUGGAUCACCAAGCUGAUAUCUAUGUUUUUAUGAAGCGUUUCGAACAUACGUCCUUCCUCAGGGACUCCGCAAUUAAAUUAUUGAAAACAAUAUGUCGCUCUCCACUUAUUCCAAAGAGGAGCUACACAGCGGCGGGGGACACGAACUUCUCUGAACACUGGCUUAUUCUGUUCAAAAGCCACGGCCCCCGAACGGUCAGAGGGCGGUGCAGGCUUUUUGCACGAGCGCUUGGAGACCUCCAUCCUGGGCGGGUUCGCUUGUCCAGGUCUCUUGGAAGUUCUGAUCAAUAAGCGUUGGGGAAAAAAUUAAAUCUAU